CUGGCGGCGCGUCACUGCGAGGCCGGCCUCUGCGCGCCUCCCGCGUCCUCCUCCUCUCCGGCAAUCCGCGAUCCAGCUCGGGGAGGCGGGGAAGCAGCCGGGGCGCGACUGGCGCGGCAGCCACCGUGCAGCUGCCGGCCGGAGGCGCGGCCCCUAGGCCCGAGAGCGCGGACGAGCCCCCGGAGAGUCGUCGCCGCGUCCGGUAGAGCUGCCAGGCUCGUCCCUGCCCGGCGCGGGAGACGCAGAGGAUAUCUCUGGUGAUCUUGAAAGAGCCCAUAUCAUGGAAUCAAUCUCUAUGAUGGGAAGCCCUAAGAACCUUAGUGAAACUUUUUUGCCUAAUGGCAUAAAUGGUAUCAAAGAUGCAAAGAAGGUCACCGUGGGUGUCAUUGGAAGUGGAGAUUUUGCCAAAUCGCUGACGAUUCGACUUAUUAGAUGUGGCUAUCAUGUGGUUAUAGGAAGCAGAAAUCCUAAGUUUGCUUCCGAAUUUUUUCCUCAUGUGGUAGAUGUCACUCAUCAUGAAGAUGCUUUGACAAAAACAAAUAUAAUAUUUGUUGCUAUACAUAGAGAACAUUACACCUCCCUGUGGGACCUGAGACAUCUGCUUGUGGGUAAAAUCCUGAUUGAUGUGAGCAAUAACAUGAGGAUUAACCAAUACCCAGAAUCCAACGCUGAAUAUUUGGCUUCAUUAUUCCCAGAUUCCCUGAUUGUCAAAGGCUUUAAUGUUAUCUCGGCUUGGGCACUUCAGUCAGGACCUAAGGAUGCCAGCCGGCAGGUCUACAUAUGCAGCAACAAUAUUCAAGCUCGACAGCAGGUUAUUGAACUUGCCCGACAGCUGAAUUUCAUUCCUGUUGACAUGGGAUCAUUAUCAUCAGCCAGGGAGAUUGAAAAUUUACCCCUGCGACUAUUUACUCUCUGGAGAGGGCCAGUGGUAGUAGCCAUAAGCCUCGCCACGUUUUUCUUUCUUUAUUCCUUUGUCAGAGAUGUGAUACACCCAUACGCUAGGAACCAGCAGAGUGACUUUUACAAGAUUCCUAUUGAGAUUGUGAAUAAAACCUUGCCCGUAGUUGCCAUUACGUUGCUGUCCCUGGUAUACCUGGCAGGUCUCCUGGCAGCUAUGUAUCAGCUUUAUUACGGUACCAAAUACAGGAAAUUCCCACCUUGGUUGGAGACCUGGUUACAAUGUAGAAAACAGCUUGGAUUACUAAGUUUUUUCUUCGCUUCGGUCCAUGUUGCCUACAGCCUCUGCUUACCAAUGAGAAGGUCAGAGAGAUACUUAUUUCUCAACAUGGCUUAUCAGCAGGUUCAUGCAAAUAUUGAGAACUCUUGGAAUGAGGAAGAAGUUUGGAGAAUUGAAAUGUAUAUCUCCUUUGGCAUAAUGAGCCUUGGCUUACUCUCCCUCCUGGCAGUCACCGCUAUCCCAUCAGUGAGCAAUGCUUUAAACUGGAGAGAAUUCAGUUUUAUUCAGUCUACACUUGGAUACGUUGCUCUGCUCAUAAGUACUUUCCAUGUUUUAAUUUAUGGAUGGAAAAGAGCUUUUGAAGAAGAGUACUACAGGUUUUAUACACCACCAAACUUUGUUCUUGCUCUUGUUUUGCCCUCAAUUGUAAUUCUGGGUAAGAUCAUUUUACUCCUUCCAUGCAUAAGCCGAAAGCUAAAGAGAAUUAAAAGAGGUUGGGAAAAGAGCCAAUUUCUAGAAGAAGGUAUUGGAGGAGCAGUUCCUCAUCUCUCACCAGAGAGAGUUACAGUCAUGUGAUGAUAAAUGGUGCUCACUGAUGUCAUGUAGAAUUCUGCUCAUGCCGUUAUUUUUUAUGACUUCCUUUAUUUUCAUUUGCAAGUGCACUGUCAGAUUGACGUGGGCCGAAAUUCUUCCAGUAAGAUCUCAAUCAACUUAGUGGCAGAACUUUCUUGAAAUUAAUUUUCAGAGGUCAUAUUUUGGCAAUAUGAAUUUUUGUAGUCAACAUGUGUUUUAUUUUUUGCACAACCAUAAACUCUUGUUAUUUUAACACACUGUAUUGCAUAAUCAGGCAAAAAUAUUUAUGGUGAAUAAUAUAGAUACGACCUAAAGUUUAGAAAACUUUACAAACCAGCAGAAUUUUAAGUUUUAAUAUAAUUUAAUGGAUGUAUUUUUUUUCUGAAGCUUACCUGAGGUUUUAAUUGUCAUCCAGCUUAAGAAAUAGAAACCCAUAAUCAUAUGUUAACUUUAAGAAAGGACACGUGACAUUAGCAUUAGUAAGGGUGAAUGAUAACAUUCCUAUAUUUUUUUCAUAAGAUUGGGUUUGAAGAAUGUAAUUAAUUGUAUGAACCAGUGAACAAACACAAAUUAAAAAAACAAAUUGAAUCUGACAUAUUUGAAAUGAAACAGACAUGAAAUACAUACUGAUAAUAUGUACCUCACGAAAGAUUUCAUUCCUUGUUACAAAGCAGUUUCAUUUGCAUAUUAAUGUGUUGGUUUGGGAGAAGACUGUGAUAUUUGGCUUCCAAAACUGAUUAGUCUAAUGUAGUGCCAAUCCUGGGAAUAUUACGGUUGUUUCCAGUGUCAGGGAGGGUGUUAAGUUUAUACACAAGGGUUUGUUUGUCAGCGGAUCUGUGUUGUUGUACAUCAGCCAGUCACCAUUCUCUCUGGUAUACAAUCUUAACGGAUGUUCACUGAGGGAUUAUAACGUGCCAGGCACUGUUCUAAGCACUUUACUUGUAUUAUCCCAUUUAAUAUUUACAACAACCCCAUGGCAGAGGUUAUCUUCAUUUUCCAUAGAGAAAACAGGAUAGAAAAACAGUUCGCCCACGGUCACAGUAAGAGCCAGAGCCAGCAUGUGUUAUGUAGGCAGCCCUAUUUCUGAAGCUACGGUUUUAACCACUAGGCUAAUGGCCCUGCUCCAUCCUCAUGCAUUCAUUACCAUCAUGAUGCCAAUCUAGAUGCUUCCUCUUUUGUCAGUAAAGGCAUUGACAUUCUUCACAGUGUGUCGUGGGUGUCAAAGAUACCUGAAAAUACCACAGUCAUAAGUUUAUUAUUGCCUGUGGGAUAAUCUACAGUUCCUCACUCUGCAAGAGACGUGACCCUGGAGGCCCAUGGCAGUCCACAGGACUCUCUGCAGUGAGAGACUCGAGUCGGGUGGGACCAGAACAGUUUUAACAAAUGGCUAAGGACCUGCAGAAUAUUAAAAAUCUCUGUAGAGUUGGUCAUCUCUUUUUUCUCUUCCUGAGAAGUCCUCCUGCCUGCUCAGCCAUUCAUGAGGGAGCAGUUUGCAAGUCAUGAAGGAUAUUAAGAAAAGUGGUUAAUUAUAAAUCUACUCGAGAUAUAUAAUCAUACAAAUUAUUCUUAAAAUUUUACAGUGCCGACAUUCUACAUUAAAAUUGCAUUUUGUUCAAACUUUGAUUAGAAUGCUCCACAUUUUUUUGCUCCUUAUUAAAAUAGAAAAUCUCAGAUAAGAUACAAUUAUAUGCAUUAUGUAAUUAUACAUCGUGAAACUAUAACAUUUCUAAACUUACCCACUGAGGUACUACUGAAUGCAGCAGCCAAAAUAAAAGGAGUUUUAUUUAGUGGAGGCUACCUUUCCCAUCAUUGGCUCAUUCCCUCCUACUGCACCCUGUCAAUUUGGUAAAUCACUCAUGAGUCUCUGGUGUUCUCGGUGAAUGCUAGUAUCUUGUACUUAUUAUUUGAGCUCUCCCUUUUUAAAAUAUUAAUUCUACUUUUUCCCUCUUGAUAAUCACUUCCUUGCUAGUUUUUAAAGGGCGAUAACUUUCAAAGGGAAACACCCAUACACUGUUGUAGCACACUAGUGAUAUUAACAGCAUAUUUUCAUUUUGUUCAAGUGUCACUUGCUUUCACCAUUUAAUGUGAAAAUACAAUGAAACAUUUGUAAAAGCUAGAUGACUAUUGAAUUAUACUGCUGCAUGUAUAUAUUAAGCAGACAAUAAUAUAACGCUAUUACAGAUAAAUGGGGCCUUGAAAAUGUGAAAAAACAAACUAUGAAAAUGUACAUAGGAUGUAACUUUUGUUUCAAAUGAUAAAUUCUUUUUAGUACUACAGAGAGAUAAUUUUGAAGUUUUAGAAUAAAGGUAACAUGCAUUAUAAUUCUAAAUGUUUAACAAUUUCUAAAACUGCAAAAAAUACUGAUUUAGUUUACUUAAUUGACUUUUAAUUGCUUUAUUUUACCAUUUUCUAACCUGAUAAUUUUUCUUAAUAAUUAUUUUUCAUAAUCACUUUUUUUAAAUAAUUACUCUGGCCUCAGAAGUAGAACUGAAUUCUGCUCUUGCUAGAUGUGAGAAAGUGGUGGGAACUUGAAAGUGGUGGGGGUUUGUAUUUAGAGAAGUGCCCCUGAGAAAAUAUAAGAAUGUAGAAAAUAUACCCCGUCUUAAUCCUAUGCAAAAAUAAUUUUUUUCCUAAGAGGGAAGUAAUCAUGGGCUGAAUCAUGCUACUUAGCUUUUGUGUGCAGAUUUCUCCUCUAUGAAGAAUAUUUAAAAUCAUGUUUAAAUAAGAAUAUAUUCAUGCUAACAUAUAUUUUUCAAAGCAUAUAUGGAAAUUUAGCCCAGAUUGUCUACAUGUAGAGAUUUUUAUUUACAUUUUAAAAUAUUUUAUUAAAGUAUGAAGAAAUUAUAUUUAUAGGUAUUUAUCUGAGAUAAUUAUUUUGUGCUACAUACAGGAUUGGCUAGUGAGCUCCAUUUUAAACUACCUGAUUAAUUUCUUAUAAAUUAGAAUAAUCUUGACUUGAUAAAGGAAUUUUACUUUCAACAUUAAUUUGAUAAUAGCAAUUUAAGAUAUAUUCAUACUUCCAAAUGAUGAAAAAUUACUUGUGUAAAAGGGCUUAAAGAAUAUCAUAUCCAAUUUUUGUAUUGUUUAUCUCUUACAUAAUAUGACAAAAUUUUAAUUCUUUUUAAUUGCCUUUUGCCAUUAAACUAUUUCAUACUAAAUUCUGUACAAAGAGUUUUGUCCCCAAAUAGAGAUUUAUUUGUGAAAUGUAAGGUUUAUGUGAUAUUUUAAAUAAAGUGCCAUAAAUGUAACUCGUAAGUAUUUCUUUAGGAAUAUUAUAAACACUGAAUCUGUGUCAACCUAUAGAAUCUGUUUUGAAAUAAGUAUUCAAACAGCCUCAAAUGUGGUGUUGAAAUUAUUUUGUGAAUUCUUGCCUAAAGCAUUGCCACACAUGCUCAUGCCUCUGUCCAGUGUUAAGAUUUCUAUUUGUGAUGUGUCAUCAUGAAAAUGAGAUGCUCUACCCUCAAUUGUUCAUAAGUUAGUAAAAAUUGUGGUGGAUAUUCAGCAUAUGUAAGUGCUGUAAAUGAACCUGUACUGAUUUUAGUGGAAACAGUCUGUUCUUACCUUGGAACAGUGGAUUUUAUAGGAAUGAAUGGGUUCUUCAAUUUUUUUAAUGCAAGAAAACUAUAAAGUGCUAAUAUUCAGAGAUUCUGUCCAUAUGAUACCAAAAACAGUUAGGUAUCAUAAAAACAGUUCAGCCUAACACACAAAUAUACUGGGAUUUUUUUUUUUUAACUUUAGAAAUCACUGGCUUUCCAUCAUGUAUUCAUUCAAAAUUAGAGCAGACUAUACAGAUAGGACUCUCCCUGUGGCUGGAUAGGCUAAAUUGAAUCACUAAAACAGGUGCUUUUGUAUGAUUUUCAAAUUGUCAGCUUCAAUCUUAAUUCUUUUAAGAUUUUCCUUGAAGGUCUUUCAUAACUUUGCAGACAUCCAGCCUACCCAGGGACCGGAAGUUGUCUCCCUAUGUCUGGUUACCCUACUUCUUGAAAAGCUGCUACCCAUCACAUUAAUCAACUGCCCUGGCAGUUACAUGUAACAAUGAGAAUGAGAGUUGGUCAGUGAGAUGUAGGGGCAUGUAUGGUUGACUUUCUGAAAGUCUUUUCAAAGAAAAGCAGCAUAUGUUCUUUAUCUUACUCCUCCAUCUUGCUGCUGAAAUGGCAAAUGUCUAAGAGGACCAAGGCCAGACCCUAAGGAAAGCCUAUUAGAAAUUUAAAACUUGAGUACUUCUACUCCCUCUGCCUAUAUUUAACUCACUGUGUAUUUGGGUUUUUUUAUAUGAAGUCAAAACUAAAUCCAUUCUGGUCUUCUGUUCUUUGUCAUGAUUCUAUUUAACACUGAAUGAACUAGAUAGACUUCAAUAAUUCUUAUCUUUAAAAGUUUUUCAAGGAUAAUGUGCAGUUUACAUUGGAAUUGAUUUUCCAUUGUUAAUUAAUGACACUCAUUUUCUUGCCUUUGAUCUUUCAUUAGAUAUUUUGUAUCUGCUUGGAACAUACUGUCUUCUUCAGAACUGUGUAAUAGCUAUUUGCUAAAACUCUGUAAGCUCCAAAAUACCGCUAUCAAAAGUACAUGCCAUGUUUUUAUAUCAUUCUCAUAGAUCUGCCUUAUGGUCAUCUAAAUAAAAAGUGUUAUUUAAUG